AUGGUGGUCCCUUCCCCAAUUUCCUUCUGGACCAAGAAAUCCAGGGCUGUCGGAAUCCCGACCGUCGACCUCUCCCUGGACAGAGAAACCAUGUCGGAAUCGAUCGUGGACGCCUGCGAAGAGCUCGGGUUCUUCAAGGUUGUCAACCACGGCGUCGACAUGGAGGCGGUGUCCCGCUGGGAGAAGGAAGGUGCCGAAUUCUUCGCCAAGCCGGCGCCGGUGAAACAGAGGGCCGGACCGGCGGCGCCUUUCGGCUACGGCUGCAAGAACAUUGGGUGCAAUGGCGACACGGGCGAGCUCGAAUACCUCACCCUCCAUACCAAUCCGGCUUCACUUUUCGAGCGAUCGCUCACCAUCUCUGAAGAACCGGAGAAUUUCAGAUCCGUGGCGAACGAUUACAUAGAGGAAGUGAAAGACCUGGCUUGUGAAAUCCUCGAUUUAGCCGCGGAGGGGCUGCAGAUCGGGGACAAGUACGCUUUUAGUCGGCUGGUCAGGGACGCGCAUAACGACUCGGUCAUCAGGAUCAACCACUAUCCUUGGGGGAAAAAAAAAGGUGGGGCCCCACAGUGGGACCAACCUUCUCCGAAGCGGAUCGGGUUCGGGGAGCAUUCGGACCCUCAGAUCCUGACCCUCCUCCGAUCCAACGACGUCUCGGGCCUCCAGAUCUGCACCAGGGACGGCCUGUGGAUCUCCGUCCAGCCGGACCCCAACGCGUUCUACGCGAUCGUCGGCGACGCGUUCCAGGCGCUCACCAACGGGAGGUUCGCGAGCGUGAGGCACAGAGCGCUGGCCAACUCGGCGCGGGCUCGAAUGUCGAUGAUGUACUUCGGCGCGCCGGCGCUGGACGCGUGGAUCUGUCCCGUGCCGGAGCUGAUCUCCCGCGGCAGUCCCUGCCUGUACCAGCCUUUCACCUGGGGAGAGUUCAAGUCGGCCGUGUAUGCCAUGCGGCUGGCCGAUUCACGACUUGACCUCUUCAAGAAAGUACAGCCACCGUCUUCUUAG